AUGGCGAUACCUAUAGAAGAAUGGUAUUAUGAAGUACCCAUUAUCACAAGAACAUAUGUAACAGCAGCAUUCUUAACAAGUUUAGCGGUGCAAGUUGGUCUAGUUAAUCCUUUUCAAUUAUAUUUUAAUUUUGAUAAAAUCUUUUAUGACCGUCAGUAUUGGCGGCUGGUCACAAAUUUUCUAUAUUUUGGCCCAUUUUCACUUGAUUUUUUAUAUCAUAUGUUUUUCUUAACACGAUAUAGUCGUAUGUUAGAAGAAGGAUCAUUUAGAGGGAGAACGGCGGACUAUUUUUGGUUAUUGUUUCUAUCAGCAUUCGCUUUAAUACUUCUAUCACCACUUUCAAAUAUGCCAUUCUUGGGAUCACCAUUAGCAUUUGCAUUAGUAUAUAUAUGGUCACGAAGGAAUCCAUUUAUAAGGUUGAACUUUGUGGGUCUAUUUGUAUUUAGUGCACCAUUUCUUCCAUGGGUUUUACUUGGAUUUUCUUUAUUAUUGAACAAUGUAUUUCCUACUGGAGAUAUGAUGGGAAUUGCUGUGGGUCAUGUUUAUUAUUUCUUUGAGGAUGUAUGGCCAAAUGAAAGAAAUAGUGGAGGACGAAGAUGGUUAAAAACACCACAAAUAAUAGUUCGAAUGUUUGAAGGUAUUCAGAAUGAUCCUCGAACAGAACCAAUUGCAGUUGACGCCGCAGAACCAAUAGCUAAUCCUCCAGCAAAUCCUAAUCCAGAUGUAGUUCAUUUAGAAUAA